UCUCUUAUCUGCAUUGUUUAAAGGUAAACUAAAAAAUUAUGUAAGAAAUUCCACAAAAAAUCCGCAAGACGGCGCUAGAGUUGAGAAAAUACAGUUAAAUGUCUAAUUUGACAUGUAUAAUAUCAUGAUUACGUCUUUUAUAUUUAAUGUAUAAAUUAUUAAAUUGGGAUGUAAAUUGAUGGAAUUAUUAAUAAUAUAAAAGUGGAAGUUUCUUCUAAUUAAAAUAUAACACUAAAUUUCCAUUAUAUUGAACUAACAAUCGGAGUAAGAAUACUGUGUUGUCAUUAUAUUCUAUGUAGCAAAGACCUUUGUUGAUUGUUGUUGAACGAAGAGACAUUAUCGAUAAUGCAAUUGAUGGGCGUAGUUCACCACAUAGAUAUUUCAAUUAUUUGGAGAUAAAUGAAAAAAUAAUAAAUUCCCAACAUGAACUAUUCAAAGGAUGCGCGUUUUUUUCCCAAUGAAUGUUAUAUUUGUAAAUCGCAAAAAAAAUUAACACGAUGUCAAUGUAAUAUGAUUGCAUAUUGCAGUGAAAAUCAUCGUUUACAACAUUUGUCAAUGCAUAAAAAAUUUUGUCAAACAAUAAGAGAAUUAUUGAAAGAAAAAAAAAUACAACAUAUUUAUGAGGAGCUUAUUUCUCUAUUUGGCGUUGAUUGGACAAAAAAAAGAGAAGAAUUACGUCAAGAAAUAAUAAAAAAUUUAAAAAGACCAAUGACACCACUUGAAUUAACAAUGUGGCGAUGUCCACGUGUUUGUUUUGUUUGUUUCAAUUCAAAGCAAGAGGAAUUAAAAAAUUGUCCCAAUUGUCCAGUGGCAAGUUUUUGUCAAAAACAUCCAAAUGAUAAAAUACAUUCAAAAAAUUGUUUAAUAAUGAAUAAUUAUUUAAAAUUUUUAACAAAUGCCAAUCAAUUAAAUAUUGAUUUACAAUUUUUAUCAUCUGAUUUUCCAUUUAUUGCUAAUGAAAAGAAAAAAAUUGGCGACAUUGAUCGACUUACUUAUACAUUUUUAUUAAAUGACACCGAGGCAAAUAGUCAACAAUCAAUAUUAUUAAAAGCAAAUUUAUUCAAAUUAACAGAUAUUGCAUCGAAACUCAAUUGUGCAUUAUUAAAAAUCAAUGAAACUAUUCCCGAGGAAAUAAUUAUUCAUUUCGAUGUAAUUUCCUAUAAACCAGAAAUUAUGGAAAAUAAUUAUUGGGAAUUUCUUCUACAUCUCAAUGAAAAUAUAAAAAAAUUAACAAUUAUAAUCACUGGCCAUGAAUAUGAGACGUACAUUAUUGAGAGUCUUUGUGAAAAAUGUGUGAUGGAAAAAAAAUUAAAUAUUGAAUUUAAAUCAAUGUCAUACGAAAAAUAUUUAUUAUCUCACGAUUAUAAAAAACCGAAUAUUUUAUUUUACUCGCAUCCCUUCGAUGAUGUUCUACAAUUUAAAAAGUGGAAACAAAUUAAAUGUCCCAUUCUUAUGCCAAUUGAUUCAAAAUUUGAUUUAUUAAAUAUUAAUAUUAUUUAUCAAGGACAAAUUAAUACACCUUUUAAUAAUACAUCUUCAUUUAUAAAAAAUGAGAAUUUUGUAAUUUUUACAACAACAAAUAAUAAAAGUGUGAAAGAAAAAAUUUCAUCAUCUUUGAUGUCAAUUUCUAAUAUUACACUAUCAGAAUUUGAGGACAAUAAUUAUUUCAAUGUAAAGGAGGAGAAACAAAAUUUUCAAUUUGAAUUUGAAAAAGAAAAAAAUUUCAGUGAAAAUGAAUCUAAGGAAAAUAAUUCAGUCGAAUUAUAUCAGAAAAAAAAUUCAAUUAAAAAAUUAAAACAAGAUUUUUCGUUUGAGAAAAUUAAAAAUAUUGAAGAACAAAAAGUGAAAUCUAUAUCACCAUCAUCGUCUGUAUGUUCAUUUAUUGUUAUUUCCGAACCUGGUGAUAAUGAUGAUUUUAAUGAAGAAAAAAUUCAAAAUACAAAAGUAAAAAUUGAAAAUAAAUCUUUAUCAGAAUCUCAAAUUGAAUUAUUAUCGAAUUCAAAUGAACAAAAUUAUUCACAAUCAUUUCUUGUUAAAUAUAUUUCAUAUCUUAAAAAUGAAAACGAAGGAUUGAGACAACAAUUAAAUUCAUCUGUUGAGGAAAUAACAAAAUUACAGGAAAAAGUUUUGGAAUUUGAAAAAAUUACUUCUCACUAUAAUAAAAAGAAGAAAUUAAUUAAAAAAAUAUCACUUCAAAUUGCUGAUAUUAUUGAUAAUGUAGAUGACGAUAAUAAUGAUAAUGAUGAGAAAAUUUUUUGAAAUUUUAUUAAGAAUUAAAAAAAUACGUUUAAAAAAAAAAUUAUUUUCAUUAAUUCAAGUCUUUUUUAUAUUGUAAACAAAUUUGUUUAAUUGCCUUUUUUAUAUUCGAUUUCGAUUUUAUAAUUU